AUGUCAUCGCCGCCACCGAAUACAAAUAACAGUGAACCUCCACUUCCAAAUGAAGAAACACGUCCCCCGGUUGAUGAAACGGUUGGUGAAAGAUCAACUUCAGCUACGCAACCUAACCCACUUCCUCCUAUAUUCUCCUUCGCUAUAGGCAUGCCUGGUUUAUCGCAUGGAUCAUCAGGUCAACCUCGGCCACCCCCUGACGGAGGAGAAGCUAAUCAACAGGUCAAUGGAGUGAUAAGACCUAAUGAGGCACCAUCAUUCCUAUGGACAUUUACCAUACGCCCUGAACCUGACGGUCCUGCUCCCGGAUCAUCAAUCAGCAACGGCGCUCCUGCCGAGAAUGGAGCACCUAAUCCUCCGACUGUCAAUGGUGUCAAUGCUCAAUCGAAUGAAUCCGGACGUCAUCCUGCCCCUCCCUGGAUUUUCCCUCCGUUUUUCAACUUCUUCAUGCCCAUGCGCUCCGAGCCUGAACCCAAUCCUGAAAAAGCCGCAGAGCUGUUGCGAUCGCUUCCUACUGUUGGCAAAAGGUUGUUGAUGAGGGUGGAUAGGAUUGUAGCUGCUCAGGAGAUUGACGUCUUACCAGAUGAGAAAGGUUGGAAAUGUGGAGUAUGCUUAGAAGGUUUGGAACGAGAUGACAUCCAGAUUGAUACAGUAGAAAAUAACGAGGUGCCAGGGAAUACCGAGGAGAACGUAACAGGCGUGAAAGCUCUGCCUUGUAAUCAUCUGUUUCACGAGAAAUGCUUGGAACCUUGGUUCGCAACGAAACAUACUUGUCCAAGUUGUAGACUUGACCUAGAUCCAUUACAGACUCUCAGUUCACCUCCGUCACAGCGUACACAGAUGAGACCUGGUCCAUCAGGACUAGGUCGUCGUUCACCUCAUCCAUACGCAAGAGAUCGUCCUCCUCAAAUGGAACGGCUAAUUCACGUAGACCAAGACGCCGCGAGAGAGGCUGCAGGAAAUAGUACAUUUGAUGUCGAUUCAGCCAAUGUCGGAUCCACCCAGACUGAUGAGCGGAAUGAUCAAAAUCAAGAACAGGAUCAUGGACCGACAAUCACGUUCAUAUGGGCGGGCUCACCACCUUCUGGUUUGAAUUUUCCAGGUAUGCCCUCUCGGCGAAUUGAACCUUCUUCCAAUCCCGAAUCUUUCGUCAAUACAGCCGAUCCCACUGUAGCCACGGAACAAUCGCAGCAAUUGCCAGCUGAACCCAUCCCAGACGAGGGUAAUAAUCUCGCUCCACCUGCUCCAUCAACACCCGGAUCGGUGUUUGACGUUCCAACACUUUUCUCUUCCCCUCUUCCCAUGACCAAUAGGGCGACAAGUGCAAGUCCUGCUCCAGACUCGACGACUCAGCCUCCCGCCGUUCAGGCAGAACCUUCGACAUCGACAAUACUGGGCCCAGCUCUGACGCCUUCAAACGGUGGUAAUCCUCUUCCGGCUGAAACAAUCUCGGAAGAUCGGCCACGACCCGAACGCAGACCCCAUAUCACCAUAAUCAGAACGUCCUCCCCAUCCCCUGCACCAGGUGCCGCUGGAGGAUCCACAGGUCCUGGUGCGCUGGGCUUAGGUUUGGGAAACUUCCCGAUUCCGCCAUUCAUGUUUGGUCCUCCACCUCAACUCCUCAAUCCUGAUCGCAACCCACUUACCACUCUCUUUCCGCAAUCCCCCGCAGCUACCAAUCAGUUUCCUGCGGAGAACGCCGUCCCACAGCAACCAACUAGACCACCGACACCAUUUGUACCUCAGACAUUAGAGUCAUGGACUGAAGAAAGGGAGAAGAGCUUGGGAUGGAGAUGUGAUGCGCCUGAAUGUAUCUAUGCGCCUCCAGUUGACGAACCUGAAGAUGUCGAUAUGGUUGAUAUAGACCAUUUCCAAGACGAGGAAGACUCAGAUGGAAGAGAAAUGUUAUCUAUUCAUUCCCCUUUACAACCUAUGUUUUCACCAGAUCAACGUAACAUGACGAAUAAUAGUUCAGACGAAGAAAAAAACGACAAAUUCGUAUUGAUGACCUGUCAACAUAAAUGGCAUAGAGCAUGUUUAGAAUUGUCUGAAAGAUCAUGCGGAAGACUAUUAAAAAAUCAAGAUGAAGAUGGCAGAGUUUGGGUUAAAUGUGAAAAAUGUCGAAAAGACGGUUGGGUCGAUGCGAGGAGACCUGAUGAAGGUGCUCCUAGUGAAAAGGAAGUCGAAAGGUUGAUUGCAGUAUAG